AUGAAUAUGUUAGAACUUUUGAAAUCAAUCAUCACUGAAAUUUACUCGACCGAUUCAACUGCGGCAGUCGCUUUCAGUCUCGUAAACACAGAAGUUAGCUCCAUCACCAAUAAGAUGUGGACCGCAGCAGUUAAUGCGCCAUCAAUUAAAGGUAGGUUAUUGUUGAUGAUUGACUUGGAAGUGAGAAUGAUUAGUGAUGGUGAACGUUAUGUGAAUAAAAUUAUUGUCAUUACUCAGACGCACUGAAAAUACUAGUGACAAUCGUAGGUCAUAUGAUCACUGUUCGAAGAAUUUUACUCGUUUUUCCAUAGUUUACACAUGCGAAUGUGCUCGACUGUUUUGUAGAAACGGCAUAAUUUAUUUAUAGACAGACCUCAUAAGUGUCUAAUCAGAAUGAUGGUUUUCUCUGCCUUGCAUUUCUGCCAUGACUUCUCAGUGAAAGGAUGUAAUCAUUUUUUUAAAUGAAAAGAAUGCAAUGACUCUGUCUUGUAAAGCAAUUGUGUGCCCUCAC